CUCGUAUGCUUGCACCAUAUGGGUUGCACCACAUCCUUGCACAGGCGGUAAUAGCAAUUCAGACUUACAACUCUGGAUUUGUCUUAUGCCGAAUUUGCAGGUGCGCUUCCAUGAGAAAUUCCACGACAAGGGCGUUUACAACUGCAAGAAGGACCUUUGUGAGAUAUUCUCGAAUGGCUACGAGAUCUAUGUGGAGUUUGGGAGAAUCCAUGACGAUUGGAUUGACAUUAUGGUAUCGUCGCCCGGAGUUUCUGUUGAAGAAUCCGCUGAAUGGGUUGAUAAGAACAUUUUGGGAGCCAUUGACCAACUUUGCAGCGAGCCGACUGGUCUCCCAGGGGUGGAUCUGGUGACGAAAAUUCUGCGCCCCCACUGUUUGACAACAUCUCCGAUUGUUCCACGCAGGUAUCGGAGUGUCGAUCAGACUGUCACAGAAGAAAAAUUGAUCGAGGGGAUGGAGAGGGAGGAAUAUAAUUACAAUCAUUCCUGGCCUUCCAUUUGGGAUGAGAAGGGCCAGGAAAUUGUUCCACGAUCGUGUGAUGAUGCUAUGGCGCUGAUCAGACCGAAAACACUGGAGAGUCACCUAUCCAUUCAGAAGCAUGAGCUUCACAAAGUUUGUGACAGCUUCGAUGUAGUUGAGGGGAGCUCAGGACAAAGACAGCGAGAAUCCGGUUGCAAAAACAGCACUGCUAGCUUCGAUGACUAUUCUGAGGCACGUUUUGAAUGUGAACAGCCCACAGGCAAUGUUCAAGAGUUGGGUGAUUUGGUGACGAGGGGUGUUUGCUAUCUUGCUGGAAAAGUUGACCGAAAUUUCCGGUUCAUCAGUGAGCUGAAAGAAGAAGUGAAGAAUCUGCGGAAGGAGCAGAGUAAUGCGUUUACAAGACUCUGCAAUGCCCUGUCUAGCAUUUCCGUUUUUGCCAUUGAGCAGCACAGUCAUCGCCUUCCUCAUCGUGUUUACAUCACGGAGAGGAAAUCUGGCUUUCGCCAGAAACUGAGUUUUCUGAUUGGCUUGAAGCCAGUGGAGCUUCAUCUCAUGUGCGAAUCCAAAGACCGCUGCCAUGUUGUCGAUGGCCAGGAGGGGAAGAGGUUGUGUUUUCGGAACGAGGAAAGGCGGCAUGUAUGGACUCUCUUCAAGUGGACAAUUCUUACUAUGGCUGUGCUGCUGAAAACCGGCUGUGCAGUUUCCAUGGGGAUCCAGCAGCUUGUGCCAGACUUGGGUGGCGUGGCCAACUGGACAAGCUUUGUGAUUGGAGCAGUGGGGAACGCUGGUCUGGAUGUUGUAGACCUGGAAGACCUUAAGCAGAGAAUGAAUAACGUUGGAAAGGAUAUGUUCAAGGAUGACGGUCCGGAAGAUGCCGUGAAGCGUCAGCAAGCAAUGGACUGUCUGGAGAGAAACCUGGAAGGUGGGGCAACUGAGAUACGGGAAAGAUUUGGUCUCACGAGAGUGAAGUACAGGGACACAGGCUCGGUUGCCUGGAUCUGUACCCCCUGCCUUGAGAAGAGCCAUCUGGCUGUGGAGGUGCGCUUCCAUGAGAAGUUCCAUGACAAGGGUGUUUACAACUGCCAGAAGGACCUUUCUUACAUAUUUUACAAUGGCUAUGAGAUCUAUGUGGAGUUCGGGGGAAUCCAUGACGAUUGGAUUGACGUCUUGGUAUCAUCCCCUGAUAUUUCUGUUGCAGAAGCAGACGAAUGGGUUGAUAGGAACAUUUUGAUAGCCAUCAACCAACUUUGCAGAGAGCCGACUGGUCUCCCAGGUGUGGAUCUGGUGACGAAAAUUGUGCGCCCACGCUGUUUGACAACAUGUCCAAUUGUUCAGCGGAGGUGUCGUCGUGACAAUCAGACUGUCACAGAAGAAAAGCUGAUCGAGGGGAUGGAGAGGGAGGAAUAUAAUUACAAUCAUUCAUGGCCUGCCAUUUGGGAUGAGCAUGGCAAGGAAAUUGUUCCACCAUCCUGCGACAAUGCGACGGCGUUAAUCAGACCGAAAACACUGGAGGAUCACCUGUCCGUUCAGAAGCGUGAGCUGCACAGAGUUUGUGAGAGCUUCAAUGUAGUUGAAGGGAACUCAAGACAAAGACCGCAACAAUCUGGUUGCGAAAAGAGCACUGGCAGGUUUGGGGAUUGCUCUGAGGCACCACUUGAAUGUGACCACCCCACAAGCAGUGUUCAACAGGUGGGUGAUCUGGUGACAAGCACUAUACAUGAUCUUGCUGUAAAAUCUGACCAAAUCUUCUGGCACACGUCUGGUCGCGAAAACAGCACUGGCAGCUUCGGUGGUCGUUCUCAAGCACCAUUUGGAUGUGAACAGCCUCCAAAAUAUGCUCAAGAGUUGGCUGACUUGGUGCGUGAUGUGGGUAGAAAAGUUGACCGAAAYUUUCGGUCCAUCAGCGAGAUGAAAGAAGUGGUGAACAUUCAGAGGGAAGAGCAAAGAAAUGCAUUUGCAAGAGUCUSCAGUGCUCUGUCUAGCAUAUCUGUUUUUGCCACUGAGCAGCACAGUCAUCGACUACCUCAUCGCGUUUUGAUCACUGAGAGGACGCCUGGCUCUUGCCAGAAACUGAAUUUCCUGAUUGGCUUGAAGCCAGUGGAGCUGCGUCUCAUGUGCGAAUCCCGAGACUGCUGCCAUGCUGUGCAUGGCCAGAAGGGGAAGAAGUUGCAUCUUCAGAAAGAGGAAAGUCGGCAUGCGUGGACUCUCUUCAAGUGGACAAUUCUCGCUGUGACUGUGCUGUUGAAAACCGGCUGUGCAAUUUCCAUGGGGAUCCAUCAGCUUGUGCCAGACUUGGGUGGCGUGGCCARCUGGACAAGCUUUGUGAUCGGAGCAGUGGGURAUGCUGGUCUGGACUUUGUAGACCUGGAAGACCUCAAGCGGAGAAUGAAUAACGUUGGAAAGGAUAUGUUCAAGGAUGAUGGUCCGGAAGAUGCCGUGAAGCGCCAGAAAGCGAUGGACUGGCUGGAGGGAAUCCUGGAAGGCGGGGCAAGCGAGGUACGGGAAAGAUUUGAUCUUAGCAGGGUGAAGUACAGAGACACAGGCUCGGUAGCGUGGAUAUGCGGCUCCUGUCUCAAGAACAACCAACCGUUUGUGGAGGAAUUUUAGGUGCAGCUAUGCGACUAGACUGGCACAUGAGCCAUGUAUUCAAGAAGAGCCAGCUGUUUAUGCAGCUCCUGUCUC